AGUAAAAAAUAUGCUUCUGAAGUUGCUUGUGAUAUGUUUUGCGGAUUCCAGUGGAUGAGAUUCCAGCUUGUGAAACUGAAGUUGCUAUGGCUAAUGGACACAUUCCAGAAAAAGGACCAAUUGUUCUCUGAUUUCAAGGAAAGAAGGGUCGUAGUCAACAAACAAAAAGCACUAUCUUGAAGAAGAAGGAGGUCAACAAAAAUAAAUCCAUUCUCUAUCUUAGAAAGCAGUAUGAGACAAGCUAGUGACGUUAAAAGAACACUUGUUAGUAAGCAACCUAGUCGUGAUGCCAAGAUCCCUAUUUCUUCUGCAAGUAAGGAAGAUCGAUUGGCCCGGGCUGAUAUUGCUGCUGCUUUUCAGCGAAUUACAGUGUUACAUCUUGAGGAAAGGUGUGAAUGUGCAAUCCAGUGGGCAUUGAAGAUGGAGCCUUCUAUAAGACACCUGAUUAUCUCUGGUGGCGUUGCAUCAAAUCAAUAUGUUCAAUCUCGGCUUGAUAUGGUUGUGAAGAAGAAUGGCUUGCAACUUGCAUGCCCUCGUCCCCGGCCUUGUACUGAUAAUGGUGUAAUGGUAGCUUGGACUGGCAUUGAACACUUCCGCAUGGGAAGAUAUGACCCUCCUCUGCCUGCAGAAGAACCAGAAGACUUCGUGUAUGAUUUGCGGCCGAGGUGGCCGCUGGGGGAAGAAUAUGCCGAAGGAAGAAGUGAAGCACGCUCGAUAAGAAGGGCUCUUCUUCAUCCAUCUCUUGCGUCUAUAAUUCAAGCAUCAUCACAGCAGGGACAUUGCAUGUACUUCCAUGUUGCUUCAGCCUCUUCAUGAAGCUUUGCUGCACUAUUUUCGAUGGGCUGAAAUGUACUAUAACACGUGUCUGAGUCUGAGGCAUAGUACAUGUAUAGUAAUUCGUUGGAUUAUUCACUUUAGCUUUUUUAUUGCACUAUGUUAUGUUUUGUUUUGCUUUUCCUCUGAUCUUAAACCAUUGUUGAUGUUGUUGUUGAUAAUGCUUACACAUAUGUUCUUGACAUCUUGAGUUUAGCUUUCCAUGUGAUUCAUAUUUGUUGUUGAUUAUUCCUUCGGAUUAUGUCAAAAGUGUUGUGUGUACUGAAGUUUGUCAUCUAC